UUCGCGUUUACCAAGUGCGAGUACUGCUGACGCUCAUGCAGUAACUAACAUUCUGGUCGUACCCGGCAGCAAUCAGAGAAAUACGAUAAGCUCAAUCGAUCACUACGAUGAUGUCGCACGGACUCCAUCUACGGAAAUGGGAACUAUCCAUUUUAUUACUACGCCAACCGCAAUGGCUCACUACGAAAAUAUACCUCCAAUGUCAUCGACAAAUAUGGUUAAUAUUUCACGGGACGAUAAUUCUCCAAUAGAAGGCGAUAUUAGGACGGAGGACGGUGUUCCAACAUCAAAAUACAACGCAGUCAUCAGGAAAGCCCAAAAGCCGAAUGUAUUUAUGGCGUUAGCUGAGAUCAGUAGUUUUUGCGAUAGUGUUCCACAUGCAGAACGCCGAGAGAUUGUAUAUCGUCAAAGGACGGAGAUGGAAAGCGGUCGUUACGAAGAUCUAUGUCAAACAGAGGGAAAUAAACAAUCGCAAUACAGCACACUGGUUCAAAGCCAUGAAUAGGAUUGCUCAAUAAGUCCACCUUUUUUCUUUCCUGCAAUUAAACCUACACUUAUUAUUAUUUUUUAUGUAACACUCUUUUGCUUUAUGUCGUAAUAUGCAUAAUAUCGGGGAACGUGUCUUAGGAACGUUUUUGCAUCGGGAACUGUGUGUUUUCAAAAUAUAAAUCAUCUCAGUGUGUGUCGUAAAGCAUAAAGAUGACAGUUUCUUUUUAUAUAUGAUUGUGUCUGUACCAAAAUUACAUUGAAUCCAAUUUCAACAAUAUUCAUGAGCAUAUAGUUUGUUUUGGGCAUUUAUAUGUACACGGAUAAAUAUGUUACAUAAAUAUUGCAUGUACACACAUGUAUACGCUAAAUAUGUUCAGCAUAUUUAGCAUUUAUCAGAAUGCUAAACCGACUUUAUAUUGUACACGUUGUAUAAAUUGUAUAUAAUUAACAGUUUGUGUAAAGUUGGUAAAUAUUUAACAUUUUUGACCACGUGUUUCAAUUCACUUUAAUCUGUGUAUGUCAAACUGUCGCAAUUGUUACUUGACAUGAAAAAAAUUCACAUGAUAUUCUAAGUUUACAUUCCUGUUUGUGCAUGAUACGUUUUUUAUU